AUGUCGUCUUUGAAACGUCGGAGGUACCAGCGGAGGGUGGCAGCGAGGAGCCGGGGAGAGCCGCCGGACCCCGAGGAAGAGGAAAGAGCGGCGCGGGCAGCUGAGGAGCACCUGCGCCAACAAUGGAGGGACGCCCUGGAGGAUGGCCUCUAUGGAACGCGAACCAUAGGAGCCAUCCUUCCUGUCAUGGAGGACUGGCUACGAAGAAGGAGGGGGGUCCUCACGUACCGGUUGACUCAGGUGGUGACCGGGCACGGGUGCUUUGGACACUACCUGCACCGGAUAGGGAGAGAGCCGAGCACCCAGUGCCUGGACUGCGGUGUGGAGGACGAUACGGCCCAGCACACCCUUGAGGAGUGUAGUCGCUGGGCCGUGGAAAGGGCUGCGCUGGUCGCAGCCACAGGACUGGUGGACCUCUCGCUGCACAGCGUCAUAGGGGCGAUGCUGAGCAGCGAGAGAAGAUGGGAUGCGGUGGCCUCCUUCUGUGAAGACGUCAUGUCACAGAAGGAGGCGGCGGAGAGAGAGCGCGAAGCUGCGGCUGACGCGCUGCCUCUCCGUCGAAGACGGCAGGGUCGAAGGCGACGAGCAUUCUUGCGCCACGACCCUUAG